ACGUAGCCUCUCAGUGUGUCACGCUUGGCGUUCCAGUUUAACUUGUUCCACGGCACGGUGUGGAACUCUAUGCUGAUUUUCUGACAAUCAGUACGAUUUGACUAUUUGUUUCAUUAAUUGAAAUUAAUCUUGAUUGAUUGGAUCGUUUGAAAUUUCUUAGGGCAACUUUUAGUGAAAUUGCAGUGGUUGUGGAGGGAAGAAGAAAAGUGUAGAUUGGUGAAUUUGUGAAGGAAACACUUAGAGGGUGGUUUGUGAAGUUUUAAAACAGGAGUGUGUACUUUGUUAUUGAAUCACGUUUACAAUGGUUGUGUAAUGAUGUAGUAUGACUCGAGGAUUCUUUCAGGUCGAUGUGCUUGAUGAGUGGAGAUUAACAUCAGGGAGUGGAAAGAAUUGAUCGCGGACGUAAGGUAUAGGUAAAGUCUUUCAAGCUGGGUGACAGAAGAGGAAAGCAUCGCAGGGUCAGAAUGGCAGACGAAAAUCAGCAGGAGCAGCGUGUAUCAGAGGAGCGCAGGAUAAUCAGGCUAAUACCUUUUAUAAUGAAAAUUAUUGAAGUGGUACUGGCUGUGCUCGCGAUAGGAUUGAUAGUGGACCCACUGAACUCGUUCCAAAAAAUCCUAAUUAAGUCUCAAUUCAAAUUAGACGAUGCUGCGAUAAUUUAUAUUACAAUUGCUGGUUUCCUUAUAAUUAAUACACUUUUCAUUAUCUGCCAUUUGCUUGGUGAUAGGAUACCAAAGAGAACGCUGAUAUUAUUCUCCUCGGUGGGUGCGCUUCUACAUAUCGUCGCUGGAGGAGUAAUUGUCUAUGAUUGGAAGAAAACUAUGCGCCCUUAUUACAGCAACAACGAGCUCUAUCCGAGCAAACAGUACAUGGACAUGUUUAUAUCCGGGGCUGUAUUCACAUUCCUGAACGCUUUGGUUUUCAUCAUUGAAGUCGUCUUCAUCAUCAGAAACUCAACGAAGACCGUGGGAUAAAGAACAAUUAUUGAUUCUCCAAAGUUAGAAGAUAUUAAGUAAUUUGCGAAAACAUUUAUGUUAACCCAUUGGGUGUUUAAUUUACGGAGAUAUGAAAGAAAUUUGUCAUAUUAUGUAUAAUAAGUACUAGUAAUAUACAGUAGACUCUCGUUAUGAACAA